AUUUUCAUUUCUCCUCUUCAACUCCCAUCGGACCCGACCCUUCUCUUUCUCUGCUAAAGCUUCGUUUCUCGUCUCAGACAGACUGCAGGAUACUCUGUCCCUCGCUUGCUUCAUCAAUAAUCAAUCUUGGAUCCGUAAACGAAAUUGACCUCUGAACGAACUCGGCUUCACUUCUCACUCUCACCAAACUCCUUUGGAGAAUCUGUCCGGACUAGGGGAUGGAUUCUUCAGGGACAACGCUCAUGGAUCUCAUCACAGCAGACCCCUCGUCGGUGCCUUCCGGCACCUCCGGCACCUCCGGCCCGUCCGCCAACACUUCUACCACCUCUUCAGUGGCGGCUCCGCCUUCCACACUCGGCAAACCGGCGGCACAAACAGAUCGAAAGUCGAAGAGAAGCACUUUGAUGCAGAUCCAUUCCGAAACCAUUUCUGUCGCCAAAGCUUUGAAUCCCGUCAAAACUAACAUUAUGCCCCAGAAGCAAAAGAAAAAGCCGGUUUCGUAUUCGCAACUGGCUAGGAGUAUUCACGAGCUCGCUGCGGCAUCUGACCAGAAAAGCUCCCAGAAGCAAUUAGUACAUCAUGUGUUCCCGAAGCUUGCGGUGUACAAUUCAGUUGAUCCUUCUUUGGCUCCAUCUCUACUCAUGCUUAAUCAGCAAUGCGAGGACAGGAGUGUUCUACGCUAUGUUUACUACUAUUUAGCCAGGAUUUUAUCAGAUAGUGGUUCUCAAGGUUUAAGUCCAGGUGGUGGGAUCCCCACACCAAAUUGGGAUGCUCUUGCUGACAUUGAUGCCAUUGGAGGGGUGACUAGAGCAGAUGUUGUUCCUCGAAUAAUUAAUCAACUUACUAAAGAGGCAUCAAAUGCUGAUGUUGAAUUUCAUGCACGAAGACUUGCUGCCUUGAAGGCCCUUACCUUUGCUCCAUCAAGCAACAAUGAAAUUUUGGCCAAAUUGUUUGAAAUUGUAUUUGGCAUUCUUGAUAAGGUAGCUGAUACAAAACAAAAACGUAAGAAAGGCAUGUUUGGUGGCAAGGGUGGAGACAAAGAGUCUAUUAUUCGAAGUAAUUUGCAAUAUGCUGCCCUUAGUGCUUUGAGGAGACUUCCUUUAGAUCCAGGAAACCCUGCAUUUCUCCACCGUGCGGUUCAGGGUGUUUCAUUUUCUGAUUCUGUUGCUGUACGGUAUUCCCUUGAAAUUAUUUCGGAGUUGGCUACAAAAGACCCUUAUUCUGUUGCAAUGGCAAUUGGAAAGCUUUUGCUCCCUGGAGGGGCUUUGCAGGAUGUUCUUCAUUUGCAUGAUGUUCUUGCUAGAGUUGCCCUUGCAAGACUUUGUCAUACAAUAUCUAGAGCUCGUGCAUUAGAUGAAAGACCUGAUAUUAAAGCUCAGUUUGCAUCUGUACUGUAUCAACUUUUACUGGAUCCCAGUGAAAGGGUUUGUUUUGAGGCAAUUCUCUGUGUAUUGGGCAAAUUUGAUAACACAGAGAGGGCUGAAGAGCGAGCUGCUGGGUGGUACCGGUUAACAAGAGAAAUUCUCAAGUUGCCAGAAGCACCAUCAGUAUCAUUGAAGGAAACUAGUGUUGAAUCAAAAGACAGCCUCCCACCAAAGCCUUCCAAAGAUAAAUCUCAAAAAUCAAGACGUCCUCAGCCUCUUAUCAAACUUGUGAUGAGAAGGUUGGAGAGUUCCUUUCGGAGUUUCUCCAGGCCUGUACUUCAUGCAGCAGCAAGAGUUGUACAGGAAAUGGGGAAAAGUCGUGCUGCAGCAUUUGCAUUAGGUGUGGAUAUUGAUGAAGGAGCUCAUCUUAGUGUAUAUUCUGAGGCCACUGAUUCACUUGAUACAGAUCUCAAUGAAACCUCCUCACAUUCCGAAGGUAAUCUAUUUUCCAUGUAUUGAGUCUAUUUACCAGUAUCCCAUCCUUCUAUUUGAUAUA